AAAAACCCAGGAGGGAUGUGUAUUGUCUGUUUAGCACCAUGGCUGUUGUGUACAGAGCUCAGCGCCCCGCCCCAGUGGGAAAUAAAACCAGCUCCAGUGUCACAUCUCCACACUCACUGCCUUACCGACUGCUCGGCUUUGUCCUGCAGGAAACACAGCUCUGCUCCGCUGCGUUUGUCACCCUGUUUCAUGAAUAUGUUGUUUGCUUUACAGUCAAGCUUGUGGCCUGUCUUUAUUGCCACUGCUGUUUUCUUUUUUCUGUGGAAGAUCCGCGGUAAAGAAGAGCAGCGCAGGUAUGGAAGGCUGCCUCCAGGUCCUGCUCCUGCACCCCUGGUUGGGAAUUUCUUUCAGGUUCAUGUAAAGGAGCCGUACAAGUAUUACCUUGAGCUCAGUAAAAAGCAUGGCUCUGUUUUCACCCUGUGGUUUGCCAACACACCUGUUGUGGUGAUCUCUGGAUACCAAGCCCUGAAAGACACCAUGAUUGGCAUGGGUAAUGAGUUUAGUGGCAGGGCAAACUACCCCCUCAUAAUGAAGGUCACUAAGGGAUAUGGAGUUGUGGUGAGCAGUGGGGAAAGAUGGAAGCAGCUUCGGCGGUUCACUCUGUCAACCCUGAAGAGCUUUGGGAUGGGUCGGCAGACCAUCGAGGACAAGGUGAAGGAGGAAGCCAGCUGUCUUGUGCAAAGUUUUAGUACAUUUGGAGAUUCUGCUUUCAAUCCAAAAUACUUGAUAUUUAAAGCAGUGUGCAAUGUGAUCUGCUCAAUCAUAUUUGGCCAGAGAUUUGAAUCUGAUGACUCACGAUUAAAACUUCUCAUCGACGCUGUAGAUAACUACUUCAAAGUUCUAAGUAGUCCACUUGGACAGGCCUAUAAUAUUUUUCCCAAAAUUGUGGGCCUUUUCCCUGGACAACUCCAUGACAUGUUUUCAAAAGUGGAAGAGGCCAAAAAUGUAUUUAAGCUUGAAGCAGAGGCACGGAUGAAGACAUUGGACCCUUCUUCACCCCCUAAAGAUUUCAUUGAGGCUUUCCUUUUACAAAUGGAACAGGGGAAACAUAACCCUAAUACAGAAUUUCAUUUAAAUAACUUAGUGGGCACAACAUGGGGCAUGCUUAGUGCUGGCAUUGAGACUACCACUUCUACAAUCAGACAGAGCCUGCUGCUAAUGAUGAAGUACCCAGAUGUCCAAGCACGAGUCCAGAAGGAGAUUGAUGAGGUGGUGGGGCGAGAGCGGUGCCCUUCCAUCGAUGACAGACAGAACAUGCCAUAUACAGAUGCAGUCCUUCAUGAAAUUCAGCGCAACACGGAUAUUGCUCCUACCGCUGUUCCACAUAAAAUGUUCUAUGACACAGAGUUGAAGAACUAUCUCAUACCCAAGGGAACCAUUAUUCUUCCUUUGCUGACUUCGGUGCUUUCUGACCCUGAGCUAUGGAAGAACCCUGACAAUUUUGACCCAGAGAACUUCCUGGAUGAAAAGGGACAAUUCAAAAGAAAUGAUGCAUUUGUUGUGUUUGGAAUGGGUAAGCGGGCCUGUUUGGGUGAAGCUCUGGCCCGAGUGGAACUCUUUAUUAUGUUCACCUCCCUCCUCCAGCGCUUCACCUUCAGGGGCACUCAGCCGCUGGAAGAGAUUGACACCACUCCUGCCUCUUGCAGCUUUGGCCGUAUACCUCGUUUCUAUGAGUGCUAUGCUGUGCAUAGGAAAUAAACAGCUGGUAUCUUGAUUAUUCAUUUUUUCUAUUAUACAGUUGCAGGAAUAUAAAAAUAGAGAGAGAUUAAUAGAGAUCUUUCACAAAAAUAUAUAAUGCUGUUUCAUCCAUGGACAUUGCAUUCUUGUAUUUCAUGACAUAAUGACAAUUUGUCAUAAUGAGAAUCUAUAACAAAAUAACCAUCUUUGAUACAGUUUCUUUUGAACAAUGUUGUCAGUCCUAACUGUAUCUGUUUUUGAAAGUGUGCAAUAAUUGCAAUAUUCAAAGCAAACUUGCACAGAGAUGAGUUAAUAGUGAAAUUGCACACUCUGACAUAUGUAUGGACUUCAGGGUGACUCAGACUAUUAUUCAAGUGCUGUUUUAUAACCUGCUGAAUGAUGAGGGUGGAAAAUAUGUAAAACCGAACCAAAUUUGUGGUGAUUAAUGUGAUAUUUGCAACUAGGAAUAUUCAUGCAGCAAUAUAUUGGCAAUAUACUAGACUUCUACAGAAAUAGAUUUAUGUUUGAACGCUUGCCAUCUUCCCAUUCGUAUAUCAUUGUAUUAGUCUUUUUAAUUUUUGUUUUUUAAUGUUUAAACUUUCCAAUAUCCCUACAAGCAAAUACUGUUACUGUUACUGUUAAUCUCAAAGGGCCACCUAUAAAAAUCAGCUUAAGCAGUUGCAUAACCUUACUGUAAUUACAAGUAACUUCAAUUCAUUGACUUAAAUUAAGUCAUUUACUGAAUUACAUUAGAGCAGUAUGGAAUUCACUAUUGCUUUGCUGCCUCCCUACAAUCAUCUCCAGUAAUAAUCUGACACUGUUACCUUUAUAUAAGAUUUAUUAUUUCUUCUAAUAAUUACCAUAUAAAUUAUUUCUGAUAAGGCAUAUUCUGAGACCAUCUGUUUUGUUUAUACAAACAUAAUAAAAAUAAAAAAUAAACUGAAAUAAA